CUCUUAAUUGGUUCGCUAAAUUGACAGCAAGACCUAUGGAAAUAAUGAAACGUGGGGAAGCUGGACUUGGAAUUAAAGUGUUGUUAGUUUUUAUUUUUGUAUUGCACUGAAAAGGAGUAUUGCUCAGUUUUUACUGUUUUAUCCGCUUGAUAUUUUCUUCCAGUCGUGACAGACUGUGGUGUCUAUGAAAACAGCAAAUACCGACCAAAUUCUGUAUUUAUUGGUCACAAGAGGCUGGUAAUGGGAAGAACGUAUUUUGUAGAUGAUGCUGUUGGACAGUACCUGUCGACCCUCAACACAAAGGGAAAGCCUUUUCUAACAGGUCUUUUUGUGGGACAGAGCUCAUCACAGAAGGAUUAUGUCAUCCUAGCAACACAAACGCCUCCCAUGCAGGAUGUGGGAGAAGAGGCUCCAAUUAAUAAGAAAGGAUCACUGCAGCAAGACGGGCAAUCUGAGGAAUGGGCUGCAGAACAUGCCAGGCAGGUGUCCCGAAUGUUACCCGGAGGGCUGACGGUUAUUGGUGUGUUUAUUGUAACUCCAACCGAGCUCACAAAGGAAGUCCAAGCCUUGUUGCAGAGACUCGUGUUUGCGGUGGAAAAGGCUGUUAUGAAGGGCAAACUCUGGGCUGCUGGUGAGGAAGACGUAUCUGACCGAGUGGCUCUUCACAUCUGCUCAACAACAAAAAAAUUUGUGUGUCGAACUUACGAUGUUCGAGACCACAAGUGCUCCCCAAAACCAGCUGACUGGAAGUAUCAAAAUGGAGUGUCUGCGUCUUGGCCUUGUGUUGAGUGUGCUAUCUCUGUUGAUAUCCACAUACCUGUUUCUGAAGUCUCCACUUCUCAAACAUUAGAAAAAAAUAUCCAGAAUGGAUUAGCGAGGUGGGCAAAACAGGUUAAUCAGAGUGUCUGUCUGAUUAAUGGUCAGUUAAAGUGUGAAGACAGUGAGCUACUUGAAGGACAGAAAAAGAAUGUGAGAGGUUCAGGACACCAUAGUGCUCCGACUUUCGUGGUUCAGCUCCUAAAACCGAUGCCACAGACGUCGGAAGAAAGGUCUACUGCUGCUGUCCAGGUAUGCAGUAGCUCAAUUAACCUGAAAGGUGCAGUAUUCUGUAGAGCUUACCUCCAUACCAAUAAGCCAAAAGUGAAGGAUGCCAUUCAGGCAUUAAAGAGGGAUGUGUGCAACACUAUUUCCUCUCGCUGUGAGAUGCUUUUUGAGGAUCUUCUUAUGAGCGAAUCAUCCAGCACAAGUGGUGCAGAAAAAGAAUUUCAUGGUCUUCCAAAGAGGGUGUUUGUUCCUCUUACUGGAUCCAGUGUCAUGUUCUGCGAUUAUAUGUUUGGAGACGAGUUAGCAGCAGACAUUCAGGAACGCUUCUCUGAGAUGCUGGACUAUGACACUGAUGACCUGCAGCUGGAUAUGUCCAAGGAAGAAGUAGCAGAUCCAGAUGCAUUUAAGAACUCUGAAGGGGAAAAAGAAGAAUUGAAAAAUGUUGUCACUGACCAAAGCAAAAUUUCUAAAAUCCGUCAGAAUGUAGGUGUGGCCUUAGCAGCUGCUGUUACCCUUGUUGCCGUUGCAUUCUCUGUCCUCAGUUUCAGUGACUAAGUGUUACAGCAUCAGGUCUCCAAGACGUCCCACAUAAUGCAAGGGAGGUCUACAGAGCCAUGAUCUGGAAGACUAAAGUUCAAGCAAACUCAAGCGAAGGAAUCCAUUACUUUGCCUUUACCUGUGGUAUGAGCCUGGGCAGUACCAAUCCUGCAGAUACAUCAUUGCUAAAUGCCCCUAGAGUGGGUGGCUCAACACGCCUAAGAAACCAAAACCUUUCACCUUUUUUUUUUUUUUUUUUUGCUUUAUAAGAUGAUUCAGUUUCCAUUUAUUGAUUUUUGAAUCCUGCCCUGCUAGUAACUUAAUAUUUACCUUACAUCAUAAAAAACAAGUUUAAGCUUGUAUCCAGUGUCAUUCCUCUGAACGUUUUUAUUUUCAUUUAUAUUUUGAGUGUUUCUGUUUUGAAAUAAUUCUGUGAACAGAUGUCUUUCCCAUCCACAUUUACAAAAAAAAUAAAAAGUCCAGAAGAUGAGUUACACUGAAGAACUGUUCUGCCUCCCUUUCAGAGAAUUGGAAACAUAGCUGUAAAAGAUCAUGUUUAAAGGGGCUAAGAAAAUAAAACAUAAGGUGUAAUCAUUUGGACUCGAACUCACACCAGAUGAUUUGAUCUGUACUGAGUAUAUCAGGUUGCACUUUGGAGCAUGAAAUGUGCCUAAUACUUUUUGAAUUAGUAAAUUAAAAUGUCAGCCUGUAAAUUAACUACCACUUGCUGUUUAAAUGCACUGGUAAGUCAUCUAAAAUUUUUAGAAAAAUAAAGUGUUUAAAUAACCAAGUUUACAAACAGUA